AGAUUAUUUUUCCGUCUGUUUAUCGUAUGAAGGUUCUUUUAUUUUUUUGGAUGUAAACAAAAAACGAGUUUUCAUUCUUGAUGUACUUGAAAAUUGCUUUCUAAUUGUUCCGGAAAUUUUCUUCAUUUCUUAGAUAUUUCCAAUAUUAGCUGUGCUUUAGAUCACAGAAAUUUAGUACUUAAUUCAACUUUGUAAAUUAAUAAUGGAAAAUAAAACUAACCUGAAAGAUUUGCUAGAUGAUUUUAAACCUGGUCCUUUGGACUACUACAGAAAAAAAGCAAAAUUUGAUUGGAAAGAAAUGAAAAUCUUGCUUGAAGGAGAAGAAAUCUUGAAACUUCAGCUCAAAAUCUGGAGAACUUUAGAGAAAGACCCAUUAUUUCAACGUCUGCCUUCAGAAGAACUUUCUUGCCAACAAUACCGACAUUUAUGUUUUCAAAGAAUGAAGCGGUUGAUGGAAUAUCAGUUCUUUACGUAUGACGAAUUCUUGAGCAAUCCACUGUUAGCCCAAGGCCUUCUUAUAUUCAUUGGAAUGUAUGAUUGGUCACUAUCUGUUAAACGAUCAGUUUCUUAUGAGUAUUUUGUUGGAGCAUUGAGAGGUUCUGGAAUGAAAAAACAUUUAGACCUAAUGACUGACCUUGAAAAUUUUCAGAUGAUUGGUUGUUUUGCAUUAACUGAACUGAGUCAUGGUACAAAUACAAGAAAAAUGAAAACUACUGCUACUUAUGAUCCUAAAACACAGGAAUUUGUCAUAAAUACUCCAGAUUUGGAAGCAACAAAAGUGUGGGUUGGAAGUCUGGGACAAACUGGUACUCAUGCAUGCCUUUAUGCGCAACUCUAUACUCCUGAUAAUCAAUGCCAUGGAUUACAUUCUUUCAUUGUUCCCAUACGAGAUCCAAAAACGCUUCUACCCUAUCCAGGAAUCACUGUUGGGGACUUGGGUCCAAAACUUGGUCUAAAUGGUGUUGAUAAUGGAUUUAUCUCUUUCACCAAUUAUAGAAUACCUAGAGAAAGUUUGUUAAGUAGAAACGGUGAUGUAACUCCUGAUGGAAGAUAUGUGACUCCAUUUAAUGAUCCAAAUAAAAGGUUUGGAGCUUCCAUGGGUACUUUAUCAUUAGGGAGAGUUUUUAUCAUCAACAUGUGCCUAUCAAAUCUUCAGAAGUGUUUACCCAUAUCAAUAAGAUAUUCUGCAGUAAGAAAGCAGUUUGGACCUGCCGGAAAAGAAGAAUAUUCUGUUUUAGAAUAUCAACUCCAGCAAUGGAGACUGUUACCAUAUCUUGCUGCUACCUAUGUUCUUCAUCAUUUUUCAUAUUCUUUUAGUAGAGAUUUCAUAAAUUUUCAGAUGUCUGUCUUGUUUGGAGAAAAGACCCCUGAACUGUCUGAAAAAGCGGCAGAAUUGCACGCAUUGUGUAGUGGAGCUAAGCCUUUGGCUGGAUGGCUAGCAAGAGAUGCUAUUCAAGAAUCUAGAGAAGCCUGUGGUGGUCACGGUUACUUACAAGCCUCUGGAUUUGGAUCUCUAAGAAAUGAUAAUGAUGCAAAUUGCACCUAUGAAGGGGACAAUAAUGUUUUGCUGCAGCAGACAAGCAAUUACCUACUAGGACUAUUGAAAAGAAAGGAAGACGACAGAAGUUUUACUAUUGAACUUGAAAGCAUUGGUUUUCUGAAUGACAUGGAUAAUAUUUUAAGACAGAAGUUAUCCCUUAAAAGAGAUCUAGACUUACUGAAUCCAGAAGUAAUUCUUAACACAUACAAAUGGUUGGUGUGCUACUUACUGAAACAAACGAGUGAAAAACUCAACAAUGAAUUGAAGAAUAACACAGAUCCAUUUAUAGCACGUUGCAACACUCAAGUUUAUUUUUGCAGAUCUCUGUCACUGGCAUAUGUAGAGCAUGCUUUUCUGCAAAGAUUUGAUGAUUUUAUUUCUGAACAAGCUAAUAAAAACAUUCAAGAAGUUCUUCGACAGCUCUUUUUCUUGUAUGGCUUAUGGAGCUUGGAGAAGCACAUAACAUUCUUAUAUGAAGGUGGAUUUUGUGUUGGGGCAUUAGCAAGCAAAUCAAUAAAACGUUGCAUAUUAAAACUAUGUGAAGAAUUGAAAGAACAAGCAGUUUCCUUGGCUGAUGCAAUUUCACCUCCAGAUUUUGUUUUGAAUUCGGCUCUCGGAAAAUCGGACGGUCAGAUUUACAAAAAUCUUUAUGAAUGCAUCUUAAAUACUCCUGGUGCCUUAGACAGACCUGCAUGGUGGCGUGAAUUCUUGGAUAAACCUGCCGUUCAAUCAAUAAAAGCAAAACUGUGAUUGUUGUUCUGUAGUUUAAAAAUGACUUUUAAUAUUCAAAGUUAUAACUGUGCAAUUAUAUUUUGGAAUUAAAAUGUUAUGUAAUAUUGUUAGAAAAACAAACUUUUACAAAUUUAUCACAAAUAUAUCUAUCAUAAAUGAUGUAUCAAAUUAUGCUUUA